AUGAGUGGCGCCAAGGGCGGUGAGGCGGCGUUUGUAGCAGAUGACAAUUCUGAAGCGCCCAAUCAUGGUGGAGAAACUCAUGGUGUUAAUGGUGGUUCGGGCAGUACUGGUCAUUCUGGCGAUACUGGUGGUGUUGAUAUCACCGUUGCGUCGAGGUGUGCCGGAGGUGCUGAAGGAAAAGGGGGAAGCAGCGGUAGAGAUGGUGAAGCCGGUGGCAAGGUAAAAACCGAUUCGAACGAAGAAGUUAGAGGUGGCGCUGGCGGACCAGGUGGUAAAGGAGGAGACGGCGGUAAAGGGGGAGAAGGCGGUAAAGGGGGAGAAGGCGGUAAAGGGGUAGAAAGUGCUGGCGGUAGUAAAACUGCAAACGAUGGUGAAACUGCAAGCGAUGAUAAAAGAAUUGGCCAUGCGCGAGCUGAACCAGAAAGUGCCGAGUCUUAUGGAAGAAGUGGGCGAGUAUGCAAAAGAGGUGGGGCUGGUGGAGCAGGUGGUAGAGGGGGCGGAGGUGGUGGAGGUGGAGGUGUAGGUGGAAGUGGAGGUAGAAGCGGAGUCGGUAGCGAUGGAGCUGGUGGGGGUCCUGGUCGGAAUGCCACAGCUGGUGGCUCUGGAGUUUGA